UCGGAAUUAAAACGCAUGAUCAACCAAUGGGGUGUGAGAACUGGAGUCAGCUGACGAUUUUUUUUACAUCCACAUCUACAAUCUCAUAUCCGCCAUUCAGCACAAUGGAUGCUGCUAGAGAGACAACUAUUCAUUUCACCCAAAAGUUUGUGUUUCCCCUCACAGAGGCUCACGCUUGGUGCUAGAACAGGGGAGAAGGGACCCGCUCCGGGAUGAACACCAUUCUCUCUGGUGGUUUAUGUAAUUUGGUGGUUUGGGCUGUCAGUGCGCAUGGUCCCUGCUGGAUGUUUUGGUCAGGAAUGUUCAUGUAUGUGUGGCGGUGAUAAUGAGGGUGUGUGUGCCCGGAGCUACAUGACUGGGACAGAUAUGGAGCGACCAGCACCAGGGAUGGAGACACGGUGAGCACAGAACAUCAUCAUGGCGGACCCAGAAGUGUCAGCGCAGAGCGGGGGCUAUGAUGUGGAGCUGUUUGUGGAUGCCCCUGACUAUGACCUGAUCUGCACCAUAUGCCAGGGGGUCCUCAGGUGCCCAGUAAGAGCUGCAUGCCACCACAUCUUCUGCAAGAAAUGUAUUUUACAGUGGCUGAAGAGGCAGGAGACUUGCCCCUGCUGCAGGAAGCCUGUUAACCAGAACUUGAUCUUUGUCAUGUUCAAGCUCAGCAAAUCGAUUGGACGCUUGAAGAUCAAGUGUAAGAACGAGAUCCGUGGCUGUGCAGAGACUUUCCCACUGUCUGAGCAGUACUGCCACAGCAUGAGCUGUCUAUACGAGCUCAUCCCCUGCCCGUACCAGGGCUGCCGGGCGCAGCUCCUCCGCAGGGACCUGGACACCCACUCCCGCCACUGUGAGCACUGGCGCCAGCCCUGCCAAAUGGGCUGUGGGACGGUGCUGUCCCACCGCACUCAGGCCCAACACAACUGCUACAAGCAGCUGAGGCAGGAGUAUGAAGCCCGGCAGAGGAACCACAGGGCCAUUGCCGCUGCCCUGCAAAGGAAAAUGAGAAGGAUGCAGAGCACGAUGGCCCACAUGAAGAGGCAGAUAGGGCUUAUCUGUGAGAGCCUGGAGGUGAUGGACGAUCUGGAGGAGGUAGAGGAGGAGGACCUCGGAGAAACCAGUGGCAGCUCCACUGGGACCCUGAGUGGCAGCAACAACAGCUCCUGAGGAGGACACAUGCUGCCGCUGUUGGCUGUCCACUGCUGUGUAUAAUCUGAACAUGUGUAUAAAAUCUUUGAAGGUGUGUUUUUGAUGAUAUAGGUAGGUAUAUUAUCGAAAUGGUUGAAUAGGUAACUAUUUUGCUCUGUUGCUUUAUGUAUUGCCUCAUGUUUACCUGGAGUGUAACAAAAAAUGCUCUAGGUAAACAAAUUAAACAAAUCAAACUAACACUGCCAUCAAUGCCCUUUUAAAAACCUGUAUUCAUAACAGGCCUUUUAUAAUAAUGUUGUAUUAAAUGCAUUCAAGUUUCAAUAAAGUUCACAGAU